AAGUACCACCUCCUGAGAGCACAGGAACAGGCAAUUCCAAAAUGCUGGAAAUCAAGUAAGUGGGGCAGAAGGCCAGCUUGGCUGAACAGGGAUCUUCUGCUAAAGCUUAGGCAGAAAGCGCAUGGCCACUGGAAGCAAAGUCAGGUGUCAGGAGAAGACUACGAGGAUGCUCUUCACCUCUUUAGAGAGAAAAUUCAUGUGGCCAAAGCUCAAUUAGACUUGAAGCUGGCCAGUAGUGUGGGGGACAAUACAGAGGUUGUUUUGUUUUGUUUUUUAAAGUUAACAACAAACGAAGGAGCAAAGUGAAUGCUGGUUCUCUUGAUGAGAAAAGUUGUCUUGCAAACAGGAACACAGACAAAGCAAAGAUGUUGAAUGCUUUCCUUGCCUCUAUUCUCAGCACUGAUGAUAGGCUCUGGCAUCCCAGGUGCACUGAAGUUGGAGGACUGUAGUUAUGAUCAAAUCCCAGCCAACCUCAAUCUUGUGCAGGAUUUGCUGCUCCACUUUGAUAUAUACAUAAGACCAGAGGACACUGUGGGAUUCAUCCUGGGCUGUUCAGAAAGCUGGCCAGUGUCAUAAUGAGACCUCUCCCAAUGAUUUUUCAAUGGUCUUUGGAAUCUGGAGAAGUUUUACGUGAUGGGAAGCUGGCAAACUUUCUAGACUUCAAAAAGGCCAAGAAAGGUGGCCUUGGUAGUUACAGGCCUGUCAGUCUCACUUCAGUGCCUGGGAAAAUGAUGGACAAAAUCAUGCUGGGAGUUACUGAAAAACACCUGCAUCAUCCCACCAGGGCUGGGUACAGUUGCUCUUCCCGUUUAAGGAGGGCUGCCUAUUUAUUGCACUCAGCUCCAGCUGCUGCUCUGGGAGAUUGUUCUAGGGGCAGGGUAGCUCCAGCAGUGAUUGAAGGAGAGCUGUAACCCCGAUGGGGCACUGCAUCCUUGGGGGAAGUAUCUACAGUUCCUGGUCCCCGCCCAGCCAGCUCGCAGCCAGUUCACUUCCGCAGCUCUGUUUUCGCUCUGGCCUUUGCCCUGUUGAGUUGUGCGUUUUGCAGGCGCCAUGGCAGAGCUGCAGAUGCUGGAGGAGCUACGGGAAGAGCUGAUCUGUUCUGUCUGCCUGGACGUUUACAGGAACCCUGUGUGCCUCAGCUGUGGCCACAGCUUCUGCGAGGAGUGCAUCCAGAGUCUGCUCCUCAAUCAUCACCACCCGCAGAGCCUCUUCAGCUGCCCGCUGUGCGGAGUCCAGGGAGCCCCUCCUAUGGAGCUGCACCCCAACAUCCAGCUCCGCAGCAUUGUGCAGAAGUUUUUCAGCACUAGUGAUUUUCCUAUUGCCGCUAUUGAAGAGGAACCAAAAUAUGAAGAAGAAAGUGAAGAUGAAGUGUGGAGGAAGGAAGAAAGUUCAGACUUGAGUCAUGAGGAGAUCCUGUGUGAUUUCUGCCUCAGGGAGCCUCAGCCAGCAGUGAAGACAUGCAUGACCUGCGAGUCCUCCAUGUGCCAGGCCCACCUGGGCAAGCACAGCACGAAGGCUUUCCUGGCAAGCCACGUCCUGGUGGAGCCCUGUGAUGCUGGUGUUUUGGCAGAAAGGAGAUGUUCCCAGCAUGGCAAGUUGCUGGAAUGCUACUGUGUGACAGACUCAGUCUGUGUCUGCAUUCUGUGCUGUGCCACCAGCUCCCACAAGAGCCAUGAGAUCAUCAGUGUGGAAGAGGCUUUUGACCAGGCACAGAAUGAUUUUCCUGAAACUCUGCAAACACUGAAAACUCACGAAGCUGCAGUGAAUGAAAGCUUGGAAAAUCUGCUGGCACACCAGGGAAAGAUAAAGGCACUGGAAAGUUCGCACAGGAAUCAUCUGGAGAACUCCUUCAAUGCGAUUUGUGAGCAGCUGGAUAGAAGAAAAGCAGAGAUCUUGGGAGCCAUCAGAAACAUUGAGGAGAAACAGCUUUCUCACACUGAGACAUGGAUAAAAGAACACAAAGAGAUGAAGGAUGCUGUCAGCAGUGAUGUGCGGGAGUUGGAGGCACUGAGGAAUCAGAAGGAUCCAGUGCUCUUCAUUAAGGGUCUGUCAGCAGUACAAGCCAGGAAGCGGGAACAAGUUCCUAGUAAAGAUGAUGUAGAACUGGCAGAGCUGCUCAGUGCUAUGGAUGGAUCAAUAAAAGAGACCAUUCAAGAGCUUCUCCAGCCUUAUGCCCAAUUAAUCGUGGACACAGUGCCCUCAGAGGAAUCAUCACCUGUUCAUGAACAUCUGACUUUCAAAUCAUGUCAAGCAAGUGGACUUCAUGUAGAAGACAAGGUGCUCAGAGUAGUCAAGCCACUUCACCCACUCGUUAGCUUACCCUUUGUGCUGAACAACGUGCCAUUCUGGGUGUACAGCACCCAGUACUUCCAGAGUGGUCGGCACUUCUGGGAGGUGAUCACCUCUAAGUCAUCACGCUGGAAAGUGGGUGUCGGUAAUAACUAUUUUCAGUGCUAUGUGGAAUAUUCUUUUCAUCUUCUCAGUGUGUUCCCAGAUGGCAAAGAUAUUAAUGCCCCGUUUCGGAUAACAGACAUCAGAAUGAUCAGGGUAGAGCUAGACUGUGAAAGAAAGACAGUGUCCUUUUUGUAUGUGUCUGGCAAGGAAGGUUCAGGCUUUUCUAGCAGGUAUGUACCCAUAGCUACAGUAACCAUCCCCAUAAGCUAUCCUGUCCAUGCUACCUUCAGCGUUUCUAAUGGCUCCCUUUCACUCCCAUAGUGUCGUGGGGACAAGGCUGCCUUGCCUUUCUGUGCCUUGGUUCUCUACAUUGUGGGGCUGCAGCUGUACAGACUCUGCCACCCUGGCACAGUAUAAACCAGGCUGGGCCUGCUUGCAGUCUGCUCCUGAGCUAUAACAAGGUUCUGGUGUUUUGCAGCAAUGGGCUGAGUUGAGAGAAUGAGAAAAUUGGGCUCUACCAUUAAAUAUAUCUCCUCGGGUUUUUUCUGGUUUUGUUUCACUGUUGUACUUCUGCUCAGCUCAACUGUAUGGAUUGCUAUGUUGGAUGGAUAUUAUUAAAGUAAUUUUGCUCUCAAAA